UUUUUUUUAGUUUUAUCGAUUGAGCAGGGUAUUUCGUCAUUGACUUGCAUCUCUUUGAGAGAGAACAUGUAUCUGAAGUCUGGAAGCUUUUAAAGUAGGAAAGACACGAGACAGAUACGAUAAUCUUAUGCAUGGCCAUCCACUUCUCACGGUCACAAUGCGGAGUGUGGGAAUAACUUACCUGAUGCGAUUAUUUGUUGCUUUUUGUUUGCCAUAACUCAACUGUAACAGACUAAUUGAGAACAAAGCAGGGGAUCAUUGGCUGAUUUGAGGGUAACAUUUGAAACACGAGAGAGAGAUAGAAUAAGAGAGAUAGAUAUUCAUUAUCUUGGAUAUACUGCACAUGCUUUGAUGCACCAAAACUGUUCUGAAGUGGGAGACAAGUCAACUGUAUUCUAAUGUUCUCAUAAGCGGGUGGUACCGUUUUAUAGAGUGCGCUAGAAUCAAAUCAGAAUAAUCUGGAAUCUGUUUUGAAGAAGCUGAAAGCGAAAAAAAUAUACUCAAGAAGAAACGUUAUUUCAGCUGCAACCACUGAUUGAAAAAUAUGUCGGCCGCUUCAGAUUAUCCGGAGAUCGUGCCAAAGAGUGCACCUGAGGCUAGAGGAAUAGACUUUUGUGGUACUAAAAAAAGCUUCUAUAUCAUCCGUUCUGAUGUGGGUGUCUACAUGAGUUGCGAAGAUAUUCACACUGGAAAACGUAUCAAGAUUCAUCGUUUAAGUGAGGCCUGUAGAUGGGGCGAUCACUACUUGGCCACUGACUCUUAUUUCUACAUCAUUAAAGGAGAUGAGUAUCGCAGAGUGACCGAGCUGAGUAAAGACGAGGACGCUGUGGUUUACUCUCUUCAUUGCAACUGUCGCGGAGGAAGCAGCUACUACUCUGCCUUUGGUAAUUGGUACAUCGUGUUUGCCAAGAGAGGCACCUACAGGCGAGUGAGAAAUAUGAACAAAGAUGAAGACGCCGUUGAAUAUAAAAUCCACCAAGCGUUCCAAGAUGGCAUCUAUUACUGGGGUACCAAGAAUUAUGUCUACUGUCUAAUGCAGGCUGGAAAAUGGGGUGUCACCUAUCACAGAAGCACCAACAUGAACUUGAACAAAGAUUGCAAAGACUUCAGCGUUCACGAGUCAGUGCUCAAUUUUCUCCCUGGUGGUAUGGCGUACACCCACGGAAAAGUGUUCGGGCAUUGGAUAGAAGUAAAAUGUCUUCAAAACGACUCCAACACUGCCAUAGAAUGGAAAAAAAACAUCAAGAAAACCGUUGGAUUUGACAAGAGUACAAUAUCCUCCAUAGAGUCUAACUGGUCCAUCGAGACGACAAAAAGCAAAGAUAAGCAGAUCAAUGUUUCUAAAUUGAUUGAGUGUCUCUGUAAAGUUCAGUAUGGCCUUAAGGAGACGUUUGGUGGAAAGAUGGUCAACACAGCGCAGUUCGAAUGGAGUGACACCACUGAAAAAGAAGAAACCCUUAAGGUGAAAAUCCCACCGAAUACCAAGCUGUACGUUUGGCAGUUUCAAAUGGGCUUUGGAGAGAAGAAUAACCUCUUCAGUAUUGACACUAGGACCACAUACAAUGAAACACCACCUGAGGAACCAUUAAAGUACUUUAAGCACUAGCAUUUAAAAGUGUGACACAAAUGAACCUUGGUAAGAACUGUGAAUGCUAAAGUUUACUCUGAGUGGAGAUAGGUGUGUUUUGAGAUUUCUUGUCUUUUUCGUGUACUCGUUGAGCAGUAUACACUGCAUUAAGUUUUUUCCGUCAACUAAAGUCGAUCAAUUUUUUUGAGUAGACAUGAGUGUAAUUCACUUUAGUCAUUAUAUGCUGUGGUAGUUUGAUAAGCAACAAACCCUGUUUCAAGUAUGAGACGAGUCAAUUUUAGUCCAUUAACCGGUAUCGAUCAAUUUUUUUUUAGCAGAUACGAGAGUGUUUCUUAUGAUCAUUUACUCCUAAAAUAAUAUAUACUGCGCUUACAUGUUCAAAAGGUUACCAGUACUACUGUUAAGCGUAAGACAAGUGAAAUUUGUUUGAAAAGCGAUAGAUCGAGAGUUUUAAAGUGAACAUAAGUGCAUAUGUUUUUUAAUUUCGUGGUUACCCCAGUCAUUCGUUCACUAGAAUAUACUACAAUUGUUUAAAAAGAAAUAAAAGUGCAGUUAAGUGUGAGACAUGCAAUUGUACCAAGAUCAGAACUGUCACCAAUCGAGUUUACUUUGAGUGAAUAUGAGUGUGUUUUGAGUGGCACUCUGAUACUAUUAGGGAAAGAUUGUUG